AUGGAGGAAGUUAAAGAAGCUCUCAAUAUAGUGGGGGAUAUUAUGGGUACAUAUUUGCCCUUAAUUCAAUCGGCCACAAUUGUGAUUAAUGAUAUAAUAAAAAUUUGUGAAGCAGCAGAAUAUAACCAAAAUAUAUGCAAUUCUCUAUUGGACCGAGUGAAAUUAACUAGUACCGCUAUAGAUUCAUUAAAACGUAGAAAACAGAAAAAUGAAAAUAAAUUACGUAACGAAGUAUAUUAUCAGGCUUUUCAUAAAUUUAUUUAUGUUUUAAAUGAAAUUGAAACAUAUACUGCGGAUAUUUCAAAAAUUCACGGUUUUUGGAAAUACAAAAAAGCAGAUUCCGUUAAAGAAAAAUUUAUGCAAAUAUCAAUAGAUUAUGAUAAAUCGAUGAAUGAUUUACAUUUUACUAUAGCAGUUGCUAACGAGGAGCAAAAAAAGAUUGACGAAGAAGCUUUAGCAGAAGAUCUUGCUGACUUUGAUAAAUUUCUUAAAACUAUAGAUAGAAAAACUGAUGAUCUUCAUGAAAUAAAGUAUAUUAAGAAUCACACAAUUGAAAAGUCUUUACAUAACGUAAACAAGAUUAAUCCGAUAUACCUAAGCCUUCCUUUACGAAGAACUCAUGAUGAUGUCCGACGUGGAAGUAAUUUUGUAAUAAAAAGAAUUUUUAAAGGACAAGAAGUUGCUUGUAAAAAAAGUUUAAUGAACGAUAAAGAAAUAAAAUCAAGUCCGGAAGUGCGAAGACUUAUUAUGAUUUUAAUCAAAUUAUCAAAUUGUAAUCAUAUUCUUAAAUUUUAUGGUGUCUCGAAAAUUGGUAUUGAUAAUGUGAUGAUUUUUGAAUGGGCUGAGCGUGGAACUUUGAGAGAACUUUACGAAAAAAAAAAUAUUAGUUGGCAUUUUAAAGUUAGGAUCGCCCUUAAUAUUUGUCGUGGGCUUGUAUUUUUACAACAGGCUGAAAUCUUACACCAUAAUUUAAAAUGUGGUAAUAUCCUAAUGACGCAAACUUUAGAACCUAAAAUUUACAAUUUCGAGUUAGCACGGUUUGAUUCUGGAUAUUCCAUUUCAAUAGGGAGCGAAAUCCAUGACGCUAUACGUUGGAUAGCUCCUGAAAAAUUAAGCAACUUUAGUCGAUAUACAACAUGGUGUGAAAUUUUUAGUUUCAGUAUGUUACUUUGGGAGCUUGCUUUUGAAAAAGUUCCGUAUAGAAAUUGGACAUUAGAAAAGAUUAUGGCUCAUGUGACUAAAGGUGGUAGAGAAACGAUUAAAUUUGAAAAAUCAACUCCCGAAAUUUCUAUACUUCAAGAAGGUUAUAAAAGAAUUAUAAAUGAUGCUUGGAAACAAAUUCCACAUGAACGUAAACCUCUUUUGAAAAUAUUGGACAUGUUAGAAGAGUUACAUAAAUCCAUUAGCUAUAUGUUUGAUGACAAUUUACAAGAAUUAUUUCCUGAUAAGGUAUUAGAUUUAGAUAAGCUAAAUGAAGUAAAUAACGAUUUAGAUAUGCAAGAUGAUGUCGUUAGUGAUUUAGCCAAAAAAUUCAGCCGAAGGCGCAGUAAAUUUUCGGCUAACAACAUCCAGCCGAAAAAAAUUCAUGUUGAUUUUGAAUAUUUUAUUGAUUCAACAUCUACUAUUUUCGGCUGA